CCUCCUGAAGAAUCUCAGCCGCCGCCCAAACCCUCUCCAGUCUCCAGACUCCACUCGCGCGCGCCGGCGGCUAUCCGGCCCAAAUUAAGUACAGCGCCCGCGAAAACCUCGCCGCGAGCUCCGGGGGGUCCUAAAACCCUAGCGUGGCGGCGGCGAUGGCGUCCUCCAUGCUCUCCGACUGCUCCUCCUGCGCCGCCUCCCGCCUCCUCCCGCUCCGCCGCGCCGCCCUCCACCCGCCGCCCCGCUUUCGCCCUUUCCCCGCCGCAGCGCCGCCGCAGCCCAGGCCUCUCUUCGUCGCCGCCCCACCGCUCCCGCUGCUCCCCCGCACCCGCAGCAUGGCUUCCUUCUCCGCCGCCGCCGCCGCUUCCGCCGACCCAGCAACUGUCGUGGCUGAUGCUCCUGCGGCCAAGAUCAUCAACGGGAAGCUGGUAGCGGAACAGAUAAGGGAGGAAGUCCGCGUCGAAGUUGCCAGGAUGAAGGACGCGAUCGGGGUAGUGCCUGGGUUGGCGGUCAUCCUGGUUGGGUCGAGGAGGGAUUCCCAGACCUAUGUGCGGAACAAGAAGAACGCGUGUGAAGCGGUCGGUGUUAAGUCGUAUGAGGUCAACUUGCCGGAGGACUGUUCCGAGGAUGAGGUUAUUAAGCAUAUCGAAACCUUCAACAGCGACCCGUCGGUGCAUGGCAUCUUGGUUCAGUUGCCAUUACCCUCCCAUAUGAAUGACGAGAACAUAUUGAAUGCUGUUAGUAUCGAGAAGGACGUUGAUGGAUUUCAUCCGCUGAAUAUUGGACGACUUGCAAUGCAAGGUCGGGAUCCAUUCUUUGUUCCAUGUACCCCUAAAGGAUGCAUGGAGCUGCUACACAGAUAUGGAGUUGAAAUAAAAGGGAAGAGAGCUGUUGUAAUUGGACGAAGCAAUAUUGUGGGGAUGCCUGCUGCUUUACUCUUGCAAAAAGCAAAUGCAACUGUGAGCAUUGUACAUUCAAAAACCAAGAACCCUGAGGAAAUAACAAGACAAGCAGAUAUUGUCAUUGCAGCUGUUGGAGUUGCUAACCUGGUCAGGGGGAGUUGGAUAAAGCCUGGAGCUGCUAUUAUUGAUGUUGGCAUCAAUACUGUUGAUGAUCCAGCAAGGCCUCGAGGCUAUCGGCUCGUUGGAGAUGUCUGCUACGAGGAGGCCUCAAAGGUUGCAGGGGCGAUCACGCCAGUCCCCGGCGGUGUUGGGCCAAUGACAAUUGCGAUGCUUCUGUCAAACACACUCGAGUCAGCUAAAAGGAUCCACAAAUUCGAAUAACUGCACAACCCUAUACUGAGAAGGGAGAGUGCUUACCCUUGGGUUUAGUAAUGCCAAACAAGGUUUUGCCAACUGUUUUAUGUGCCUUUUGUUGCACCAGAAAAGGACAACAGAAGUCAUAAAAUAAAUUUUCAGCAGGGAUGAGAAAUUUAUCCAAACGAUAUCGUAUUCAGUUAUGUUGCAUGGAAACCGAGUUCAAUCCGGGGUACUACUUAGGUCAAUUCGAGAUAUCAGCUAAGUUUGUAUUGACUAUCGAUGCAUACAUUGAUGAGAUGAAAUCAGCAGUGCUUGCUUACAUAAUUU